AUGUCUGAUCAGCCACAAGCCCCGGCGUCUCCCACGGAGGACCGUCCAGGCUCUGCCUCUGCGCCUGGCACACCUCAGGCCGAUCCAGAGGAGAAGCUUGAAACCAGGAAUGAAACAGAAGAUGAUAAACACGAAGAUACACGACCAGAAGACCAGCAAGAAGAUCAAGAAGAAGAAGAGGAUGAACAGCCGGAGACCGAAGAAGCCGACGAGAAGCCCGAGGAUUCCAGCUCCGCGCCACCAUUGCCCGACGAGGUCCCUCCGCCACUCCCCGAUGAAGCACCACCUGGCCCAGCAGAGGAUGAUGGAUGGGAGCCCGUGUGGGAUGCCAAUGCCCAGGCAUUCUAUUUCUACAAUCGGUUCACCCAAGUCUCCCAGUGGGAGAACCCCCGCGUACCCAACGCGACGGCCCCAGGCACGGAAAGCGCCAGCACACCUGCCAUCCCAGAACCCCCGGAGAAAAAGGAACCGGUACUAGGAGGCUACAAUCCUGCGAUCCACGGCGACUACGACCCGACCGCUCCCUAUGCGCAACAGUAUGAGGAACAACCGCAAGAGACUGGUGGACCUACGGUUGAUCCAUCCGCUGCGUAUACCGCCACGGGUACAUUCAACCGGUUUACCGGCAGGUGGCAGGCGGACUCGAUCAACCCAGAGAACUUCAAUGACGAGAACAAGUCUCGGCGGCAGAUGAAUGCUUUCUUUGACGUGGAUGCUGCGGCCAAUAGCCACGAUGGCCGGAGUCUCAAGGCUGAGCGCAGCGCAAAGAAGCUGAGCAAGAAGGAGCUGAAGGUGUUCAAGGAGAAGCGCCGGGAAAAGAAAGAGGAGAAGCGGAGGGCGUGGUUGCGGGAUUAA